AUGCUCUUCGCUCGUAGUUCUCGACACGUCCUGCAACGGCCACGGCCGCAGAGCUCGGGCCUGCUCAGCCUGAGCUUGCCUUCGUCGUCAACAUCGUCCUCAAUCACGUCGCCCUCAUCUUCCUCCACCCCCACACAGACCCGCCGCUCCUUUGUCUCGGAUGCCGAUGUCGACAAGGCACGAACGUACUGUGUAAACCAGCUGCGGUCCGGCGACUACGAUGCCCACCUCGUGCACCAUUUCCUGCCCCGCGGCGUGCGUGACGCCUAUUUGGCCCUGCGCGCGCUCAACCUCGAGCUGGCCCGCCUGCCGGAGACGGUGUCCAACCCGACGAUUGGCGCCAUGCGCAUGCAGUUCUGGAAGGACGCGGUGAACAAUACCUUUGAGGGCCAGCCGCCGCGCGAGCCGGUGUCGAUGCUGCUGUACGCGGCGCUCGCUGGGCUGGCGGCGCGUGAGGGCGGUGCGGGGAGCAGUUUCAGUUCCAUCCGGUUCUGGCUGCAGCGGUUCAUCUCGACGCGGCAGCAGUACAUGGACAACCGGCCCUUUGCGAACAUGGCGGCCCUCGAGGAGUACGCCGAGAGCACGUACGCGACGCUCAUGUACGUGACGCUGGCGAUGCUGCCGCUGCGGUCCAUGCACGUCGACCACCUGGCGAGCCACAUUGGCAAGGCCUGUGGCAUUGCCGCGAUCCUGCGGGGCAUUCCCGUGCUCGCAUCGCCCCAACCGACACCCGCGGGUGCUGCACCGUACUCGCUGCCGCCCCGCAACCCGGUCCUGCUCUUGCCCCUGGAUGUCCUGGCCGACGUGGGCGUGCGCGAAGAGUACGUCUACCGCCAGGGCCCUGCCGCGCCAGGUCUGUCCGAAGCCGUUUUCCAGGUGGCGACACGGGCCAACGACCACUUGAUCACGGCACGCGAGAUGCUCAAGAACAUGCGAGCUGGCCAGGACCCGGGCCACGACUACGAGCACGAAGGCGAGACGGGCCACACCUACGCUGCCGAGGAUGGAGAGGGCGGGCGAGACGAGCUACGGGCGCUGCAGCGGGGAUUCAAUGUGCUGCUCGAGGCCAUUCCUGCACAAGACUACCUGACGCGUCUGGAGACGGCGGACUUUGACGCGUUCCGUGUCAAGAGUGGAUGGAAGCUGCCGUGGUCGCUCUACCGUGCGCAGUCGACACAGAAGAUAUGA